GUCUGGCAACGCCAGUCGAUUAGCCGGUGCCGGCUGCGUGCGCCACAAACAUUUGCAUUUUAAAAGUUAAAUCAAAGAAAUUCCGUGCAUAAAAAUGACGGGUCGUCGCAAAGAUAUGUGGAAAUUGUUGUACAAUUUGGUAAAUCGCAAUAAAGCCAAUUUGUCGGCGGUGUAUCAUGUGGUGGACGAUAUACUCUGUCAGGAUCCAAGUCUCAUCAGCUGCUCGUCGAUGGAUGAAUUGCAAAAUGAAUUCCAGGACAUUUUUCUGCUGUGGCUGCUCAACAAACUUUCCGUGUGCCUCAAUGAGUGUAAGGACGAGGGGCAAUGUCUGAAGAACGUCCAACUGCAGCAAAAGCUGCUCACGUCCUGCUGGUGCAAUCAUCCCAAGCUCUACAAAGGACUCAUCGUCGCCUAUUUAGAUGCACUGCAGCAGCUGCAUGAUCUUAUGAGUGCCUUUGACUACACCAGUCCUGGCAAGAAUGACAAGGAAGCGCGCUUGCUGCACUUGCGUAUUUUUAGAGGCGACAUCAGCGUUCUGCAGGAAUUCGAUACUGAUUGUAGUUUUGAGGUGAUCUCAGUGCAAUUGGAACACAGCGAUGCCUUGGCCAAGUAUCUGCUGCUUGUGCUGCAGCAUGCCCAUCACAUUGCCCACGCCACUCACGGAAAACAGUUUGUGGAGAGUCUGCAGCAGGCGCUGCUCUGCUUUAAAGAGUUCAACAUGGACACGAAAUUGACGGCAUUGGGUUACUGUCAUGCGGUGCUAAAGGCACAAACCGAACACACCUGGCAGACGCAGCCGGAGGUGGCACACUAUGCAUGCCUGACGUUGCGUGCCACGUCCAUGUUGUGGAGUCUUUGCAGUCGCUUCUUGGCUGCCCAAUGCAUGACAUCGCAGCAAAUGGAUUUGCUGGCAAACCACACAGAGCAGCUGCUCGAGUUGUUACAGCCACAACAGCUGCCGGAUCCUGAGAGUCUGGAUUUAGGCUGUCAAAUGUUGCAUGAGCUGCUGCGGCACAAACAGGACAACGCUUGGGGCGCUAGUUUGCUUGAAACUCUGAGCGUUUAUCUGCAGCACAAGUUGCAACAGAAUGGCAAGAAUCAACAGCUGCCGUCGCAAACCACGAGACUGCUGCUCUGCGAGUGGCAGCGAUUGCCCAACGAACUCUUGCCGCUCCUCGCUGUGCUGGCUGUACAUAACAAAGCAGUAAGCGACUUGAUCUUAGGAAAUCUCAAUCUACGUUUGCUGGAGUUGCUGCAGAAACCUUCACCUGCUGAAAUAUCACUGCUUCUACCGCUACUGCGUGCACUUAAGCAAAUGGAGCAAUUGCUGCUGUUGCAGCAACAACAAGAAGUCGUCAAAAUCAGCACGGAAGCGUUGCAUUCCCAACUGUUGGCUUCCUUGCCACUGCAACACGAGCUGCAGCUGCCAAUGGCUGCCAAUUGGAAUCAGCUGUGUCUGCAGUUGUUGGAGCAGCCGCAAUGCAGUAGCACAAGCACUCAGCUCGUGGAGAUUAGCGCACAGCUGCUGCAAUUGAACUGCAUUCGCUUGCAGCUCAAGCCGCACACACAACAACAGCUGCUGGGCAUGACGUUGCAGCAACCGCUGCCAGCUUUGCAAGCCUUGUCCACGCUGCGCCUGGAGAUACCGUCAAGCGCACACACACAGCUGCAAAGCUACUACACGCAGCAGCAUCUAAGACUGCUCAAUGAGGAGCACUUGGAGUUAAGACAACGGUUUUGUGCGCAACUGCCGCAGCUCUAUGUGGCUGGCUACAUCAAGGCGGCGCAGCUGCUGCAAGCGUUGCCGCGCCUGAAGAUCAGAGAUGACGAUGCUGACGAUGAUAGUUUGGCCAGCGUGUUGCGUCUGCUGCUAUGCACACAGCAAGCGGGCGCUGCGCAUGUGUUUCAAGUGGAUCAGCGCAUUGUUUUGCACUGCGCCAAGUGUGCGCCGUUGCCCGCCGAGCUGCCUGGAAUCUACUUGGGUUGCUGUCGUUCCAGCGGCCUGAAACUCAACGCUGCCAACUUGCCGGAUCUGGCAGCUGCCGUGAUGUUCAAACCAAAGUGUGACUUCAUCAGUCAUCAUUUAGAUUUAAUACAAUUGGAGCCAACGCAUUGUCUGCGACUGCUUAAAGAGUCAUCCUAUCCACAGUCGCUCAAUUUGCGUAGCUUUGAACGUUUGGUGCCCGCGCUCUCAGCUCAAUCCUCUGACUUUAUGCUGCAGUUGGGUAAACAUGUGCUUGCAUCCAUAGUAGACAUGCUUGGCAAGCCAUUGGAGGCACAGCGUGAGUCAGAGCAACGAUUCUGGCUACGCUUGAUUGUCUGCUCUGCGCAUCAGCAGCUCGAUGAGCUAUGGCUCUUUCAUUGGUUCAAGAUGACAUUCUAUUUGCUGGUGCACACGCGUUCACUGGUUGCCCAGGAGGCGAUUCUAGCGGCGUGUCAACUGUGCGCCAAUCAUGGACUGCAGCCCUUAACCCUUUGGAACUGGUAUAAGCGCGAUGCUGUGGCUCUUGUUGUACAGCUUGCUUUGCAUGCAUAUAUCAAUGAAGGUGUGCGUUUUACACGCUCUCUGCGAGCUCUCUCCAAGAUGCUGGGCUUCUCUUGUGUGCAGGAGUUCAUCUGCAAGUAUCAUCGCUUGCUGACCACUUUGGUGCUGCCUUAUUGCAUACGUGAGCCACGCUGCAAAGGCGUCUUUGUGCUUAUGUCCAAGCAGUUGGGAAAACCUAUUUCGGCACUCUUCUCCAUCUCUUUUCUAAGGCUCUACACUCAUGUAUAUCUAACCGAGCAGCCGGAGAUCGCGAAUCGCUGCAUUGAGCUCGUUGCCAGCUGCACAAAGUCCUCGCUGCAGCAGCUCAUGAAUGCCGAUGUCAAGCAAACUGUGGCCGAGCUGCUCAUCUAUUUCAAUCGCAAUCCCACCUUUGUCAUGCGUUCCUUUCAGAGCCUUCUCCAGCUGACGCUGGGAGCCGAGGAGGAGCUGUCCAGUCAGGCAGUCAACGCACAGUUUGCCACUUUCAUUGCAGAGCGCAUUCUGGGAGUCAUUACAUACUUCGAGAGCUGCCUCUCUGAGCCGUCGUUUGAGAAGCUGCUCAAGGAGGAGACGCUCCUCAGUCUAGGGCAAAUCUUGCGCUUCGUAGGACCACAGCAUGUGACGCAGUUUCGUUUCAAAAUCAUUGCCAUGCUGAGUUUUGUCCAUACGCUGAAGGAGCCGCAGCUGCAGCGCAUCUGUCUAAAUAUUUGGCACAUCUUUCUGCAUGUGGUCAACAUUCAGGAGCUGGGUCCAUCGCUUGGACGCAUUGUCGCCACGUUGCAGCCGCUGCUGAAGUAUAGCGUGGAGCAAGUGAAUGAGCUGUACGAAUUCGUUAUACUGCGCAAUGCAGCGAUGCUGGGCAACUACAUUCAAGAUCUGUAUUUUCUGGAAAAUCUCGAGCAAGUCUCGACGCCCAUACGCGACUGCAUUCGUCGGCACACAGCGCAGCUUUGCUUGGCGGGACCUGCAGCUGGCCAGGAGGAGACGACGCCACUGCUGGAUCAGCUGCGCUUUCUCCACAAGCAAAUCAGCAACGAAUGCCUGCAGGUGCGUGUCUAUGGCUUGGAGCAUUUGGCAGAGUUGUUUGGCCGGCGACGCCAGCAACUCAAUCAAAUGCUGCUCAAUGCGUUGCCGCUGGAACCGCUGAUGGAGCAGCUGGUGCACACCUUAAUGUCAGGCUGUCAGCACGACGAUCGUUCGCUGCAGCUGGCAUCGGCCAAGUGCAUGGGCCAAUUGGGUGCCAUCGAUGCCAGCUACUUGCCGUCCAACUACAAUUUUGCGACGGCACAAGCGUUGCCUUUGAGUGUGCUCACGGAUGACUUUACGGUGCUCGCUUUAACGGCGCUCUGCAGCGGAUAUCAGUCCCAGCAGCAGACCAAGCACGUGGACAGCUUUGCGCUGGCCAUACAGGAGACGUUGGCGGUGUGUGGCAUUGUUCCCAAGGAGCAAAAGAAGCUACAACUGUGGCAAUCGUUGCCACAGCGCAUGCGUGAAAUUAUGGAGCCGCUGCUCAGCUCCUGCUACAUUUGCUCGAAUCGUCCAAACACACUGAAGCAACAGCCGCUCUUUGGCAGCCAUUACACGGCGAAUUCCUACGAACUGUGGGCCUAUUUGUGGGCUACUCGACUGGUGGACUAUGUGCAGUCAGCGCAGACGCGUCAUCUGCUCAGUUCGUAUAAGCCUUGCAUACGCAGGGAUACAAAUAUGUUGAGCACUUUUUAUCCUUAUGUUUUAUUACAUGCGCUCUUGGAAUGCAAUGCGGAGCAGCGGCUGCACAUUGAACAGGAGUUUCAGGCCGUGCUCCAAGCCAACGAUGAGUUGUCACACCAGCAGCAGCAAACGAAGACAGCUAGUGAGCAGGGUGUCAAGAUUUUCGAGUCGAGGAAAUAUGGCGCUGGCAACAGGUCAACAAUGGAGCAGCCAGAGAGCGCCUCCAAGCCAGAGGAUCAAUCACGCUUGGCGGGUAAAUUGUGCGCCGAGUUGUUGGACUUUCUGGAGCGUUGGCUGCGUGAGUGGCAGCGUCUACAUGGCAUGAGCACCAACGGCAAGCCGCCUCAAGACGUUGACAGCACCUACAAAGCGAUCUAUGAGUUCCUGCAGAGCAUGGAUAAGCUGCAGGUGGCGCGUGCCAGCUACAACUGUGGUGAAUAUGAACGCGCCUUGCGCUACCUGGAAGGAUAUAUUGCAGCGGGCGAUAAGUCACAACUUUUACUCGAGCAAUUUACAUUUCUGGUGGAGAUCUACGGGCGUCUAAUGGAUGCUGACUCUGUGGAAGGCGCCGUGCAAACCCGCAGCUGUGAUAUGAGCGUUACCCAAGAGAUUCUAGUGAAUCGUUUGGUCGAGCGACAGCAGGACAUGAUAACGUGCUAUGAGCAACUGCUGACCAGCAAUGAGCAGCUGCAGCCGACGCAUAUACGUGCCAUGAUCGAUGCAUAUCUACGGAUGGAUACGCCCAAGACAGCUUUGUUGAUUGCCGAUGGUUUGGCGCAACGUUUGUCGGAUCAGCGCAUGGAUGAGUACUUCAGCGAGUGCAAGGCGGAGCUGCUGUGGCGUCUGGGCAGCUACGAUGAAUUGGAUGAACUGGAGCAAGCCAGCAAGCGAUGCACGCCCAACUGGCAUGCUCAAUGCGCCAAAGCUUGUCUUGCCUUAAGGGAAGAGACAACAACUAAGCUGCAGUUUGAUGGCCUGCUGGAUGGCAUGCGUGGCUCGGUGCUGGAGCAGCUGAGAAGCUGCUCAUCGCAGCAGCAGCAUUCGUAUGCACAUGCCUACGAUCAUGUGCUCAAGCUGCACAUGCUGCACGAGCUGCAGUGCAGUCAGCUGUUGAUGGAGCAGCUGCAACAGCAGCCCGAGGAGCAGCAGGCAGAACAACUGAUGCGCGAUUACUUUGAGGACUGGCAAUGUCGUCUGCAGGUGGUGCAACCGCAGCUGCGUGUGCUAGAGCCCAUUUAUAGCUUUCGUCGCAAUCUUCUCGCGGAACUGCAGCGUCGACUGGGAUCGCAUGCCACGCUGCAGAAUCAGCUGCAAACGCAACUGGCGCAGAUUUGGUUGCAGAGCGCACAAAUCAAUCGCAAUGCGGGACAAUUGCAGCGAGCGCAUCUUUAUCUGAUGAAGGCUUCAGCCUACAAGCCAACUGGACUGUUUGUGGAACGCGCCAAGUUGCUUUGGCAAAAGGGGGAUCAAGUGUUGGCUAUGAACUACCUGGAGGAACAGCUCAACACCAUCAAAAGGCAAUGCGAUGGCAACACAAAGCAGCUGCCUGAGGAGCAAAGACAACUCUACUUUGAGGGCAAAUAUCUGCAGGCCACUUACAAUGCAGACUCCAUGAAUCUCUGCGCUGAUGCCAUACUCAAGUAUUUCCAGGAGGCCAUCGCUGUGCAGCGACAAUCCGAGCGGUGUUACGUCCAGUUGGCCCAGUUCCUGGAGAAGAUGCGAGAGGCGCGCGGGGCAGCAACAUCGUCGGCUGCUUCAUCCAGUCGCGAGGAGGAGGAACUCCUGCUGCAAAUCAUGUUAAACUAUGCCAAAUCCCUGCGCUACGGAAACCAGCAUGUGUAUCAAUCCAUGCCACGGCUCAUCAGCCUCUGGCUGGACACGGCGGCCACGCCAAGCACAUCCGCCACAUACCCUGAGCUUGUGCGCAAAAUGAACGAUUUGCUCAACAAUUGUUGCACAGCUUUACCCACGGCCAUGUUCUACACAGCCUACUCGCAAAUGCUGAGCCGCCUUUGUCAUCCCUCGCCGGAUGUAUUUGCUGUGCUGCGCAAUGUGAUCAUCAAGCUGAUCACUGAUUAUCCUCAACAGUCGCUGUGGAUGCUGUUGCCGCACUUCAAGUCCGCUGCCGUCAAUCGCAUCAAGCGCUGCAAACUCAUCUUGACCGAUUCCCGACUGCAAAAUCCCACUUUUGAGCGACUGCUCAACGAUUUCAACAGCCUGACGGAGCGACUGAUUGGUGUGACCAACAAGGAGGUCACACUGGAUCGAACCUAUAAGCUGAGCGAUCUAGACAAACGCUUGACGCUGCUCUGCAGCCAACCGAACUUCUCCAACAUAUUGCUGCCCUUUGAGAAGUACAUGCAACCGGCGUUUAGCUUGAGCUGCACUCCAGAUGCCUCCACAAUCACGCAAGAGAAACUGCCGUCCAGCAACUGGUUUCCGUAUCAACAGAUCUACAUUAGCGGCUUUCAGGAGAAGCUACUUGUGCUGCGCUCGGCGGCACGGCCUAAAAAGCUGACAAUACGCUGCAGUGACGGACAGGACUACGAUAUCAUGGUCAAGCCCAAAGAUGAUUUGCGCAAGGAUGCGCGUUUGAUGGAAUUUAAUGGCCUAAUGAAGCGCUAUCUGCAUCAGGAUGCACAUGCGCGUCAGCGUCGUCUUCACAUACGUACUUACGCUGUGCUGCCCUUCAAUGAGGAGUGCGGACUCCUUGAGUGGCUGCCCAAUCUCAACUCGUAUCGCAGCAUUUGCAUUGCGCUCUAUGCGCAACGCGGAAAAGUAAUGAGCGGCCGCCAGUUGCAGCAGCUAGCCGUGCCCCAAAUGGAGACCCCCGAACGCAAGCGCGACGUUUUUCUGAAGCAGCUGCAGCCGGCUCAUCCGCCGGUGUUUCAGGAGUGGCUGCUGCAACGCUUCACCACACCACAUAGUUGGUACGAAGCAAGGAAUUCUUACAUACGCACAGUGGCUGUCAUGUCGAUGGUGGGCUACAUUUUGGGACUGGGCGAUCGACAUGGCGAGAAUAUAUUGUUUGAUGAGCGCAAUGGCGAUGCGGUGCAUGUGGAUUUCAAUUGCCUGUUCAAUCAGGGCGAAGCAUUCGCUUAUCCCGAGGUGGUGCCUUUUAGGCUCACCCACAACAUGAUCACAGCGAUGGGACCCUUGGGUGUAGAAGGCAGCUAUCGCAAGUGCUGUGAGAUUACGCUUCGACUGCUCAAACAGGAGACCAAGACACUAAUGUCUAUGCUGCGUCCCUUUGUCUAUGAUUUGGGAGUGCAAAGUCGUCUCACUGCGUCCACUGCGAGCAAGAACAAAGCGGGAGCGGAACUCACUGAUCCCAAGGUUACCAACGAUGUGAAGCGAAUUGCAGAGCGUCUGCAAGGACACGUCAAGCGGCAACAGGCCAACAGCAUUCCCUUGUCCACUGAGGGUCAGGUGAACUUCCUUAUCAACGAGGCUACCAAAGUGGAUAAUCUGGCGGCUAUGUACAUUGGCUGGGGUGCAUUCCUCUAAAGCAUUAAAAAAUUAGGCUGCGAUUGUUAUGUGUUAAUUAAUAUAGUCCUUAGAUCUGUGUAAAUAUAACAAGUAAGAAAGCAACAAGAGUUGUGAAGCACACUUUUAGUGCCUUACCUCAGAAAAUAGCCAAAUCCUUUUUCGACUUUUAAGAACAUUAAAAAAGAACUGUCUCUGGGAAGUCACAAUUUUAAACCAUAUUAGUUGGAGCUAUCAUCCUACUAAAGAACAUCCCAAUAGUCCUUGUAGUUGUCAAGUUAUCCUGGCGUUGAUCCCAUUAAUUCAAUUUAUCCUUGCGAUUUUAGUAAUGUACCCUGUGAAGUUGCUGAAGAAUGUGAUAGAUACGACCAUAGCUUAUUAUAUUAUAUUAUACAAAAAGUUCAUUUGUUUUUAAUUAUUACUCGAAAUCCUCAAGCAUUGAGAUUGCUUGUAUCAUUUCUUUAGAGUUACCUUAAGAACAAUCAAGGAAGAAUCCUUUACGCAAAUUUUAAAAUGUUAUCAAGCCACCGUUAAAUUCAAAUAUUUAUUUGAUAAAAUAACUUAAAAUGGUAUUAAACCUAAU